CCGGCGGUCAGUAGACGGGCCGACGCGCCGCCGGUGUCUGGGACGCUGUGUCGGCGCGCUGCGGCCGCGGACUGCCAGUGAGCGGCUCAUGGUGACGACACCGACAGCCGGCUCCGCCCGCCGAGCGACGCCGCGGCCAUGGCAGAUAUCGUGCCGGCCGAGGCCACCGUGUUUCUCGGCGCCGUGGCCAUCAUGGUGCUGCUGCUGCUGCUCGCCUUCCUCUACAUGAACAAGAAGAUCUGUCUGUACGAUCUGGGCGGCGGCUGCUGUGACGAGCUGCUGGCCAAGCCGGCCCACCACGCCGUCAGCAGCGAGAUCCAUGACGGCGAGGACAGCUGCUCGGAGCCAGACGAGGCGCUGGUGCGGAAGCUGCGCCUCUCGGCGCCGCUGGGCCGGCCGACGGCUCGGCGCGGAGAGUCGCUGGACGCCGCCAACCCGAUGGCCGGCGGCAUUGGCUACGAGAAGCCGAGCCUGUACCGCCAGUUCAGCCUGCAGCCGCCGCCGGCCGGCGCCGAGCGGCCGGCCGCAGGCGCGGGGCUGCAGGCGGCGCGCACCGACCUCAGCCUGGCCGAGCGGGGCAAGGUCGGCGGCGGCACGUCCUCGUCCUCGUCCUCGACUACCUCGGGCGAGGACGAGCUGGCCUCGGCGCUGCGGCAGCGCGACGUGCGCCGGUACCGGGCGCUGCCGGCGCGCGCGCCGCGCAGUCUGAGCGGCUCGCCGGCGCACGAGCCGCCGCCCGCCAGCACAGAGGAGCGGCUCUUUGACGUUGCCGACCUGGAUUUGGACGGCUGCGGCUCGCGCUGCGGCGCCCUCGAGGUCGCCUUCGCCUACGACUACCCCACGCGCAAGCUGACCGUGCAGGUGUUCCAGGCUCGCGAUGUGCCCAGCAGGGACCGGGGAGGAGCCAGCAGUGCUCAGGUGCGGCUUGUCCUUUUACCCGGGAAGAAGCAGAGGCUCAAAAGUCGCGUGCAGCCCAGCGACAGGCCGCAAUUCAACGAGGCGUUCGUAUUUAACAAGGUCAAUCCAGACGACCUGCCGUCGGUGGGUGUGCGGCUGCGCCUGUACGGCUGUGAGCGGCUCCGGCGGGAGCGGAUGAUCGGAGAGGCCGUCGUGCCGCUCACAUCGGCUAACAUGGAGCAGCAGACGCCGCAGUGGCUAGUGCUGCAGCCGCGCGCCAGCAUCACCGUGGCACCCAGGGGCAGUACGGGGGACGUCAGCUCGCUGUCUCGGAGUGAGAGCACCAGCAGCACGCAGAGCAUCCACCGCGGCGGGCUGCCCGAGCUGCUGCUGGGCCUCCAGUACAGCGCCGCCACCGGACGGCUGGCCGCCGAGCUCAUCAAGGGCUCCCAGUUCAGGUCGAGCUGCGGCGGCAGAGCGCCCGACACCUACGUGCGAAUGCACCUGCUGAGCAGCAGCGGCCAGGAGCUGGCCAGGAGCAAGACGUCCGUCAGGAGAGGCCAGCCCAACCCGCUCUACAAAGAGACGUUUAUGUUCCAGGUGCCGCUCUUUCAGCUCUGCGAAGUGACACUGAUGGUGAGCGUCUACAACAAACGCAACAUGAAGAAGCGGGAACUGAUCGGCUGGUUCGCGCUCGGCUACAACAGCUCGGGCGCCGAGGAGCGUGCGCACUGGUCCGACCUGCGCGCCGCGCGCGGUGUACAAAUCUGCCGGUGGCACGUCCUCUGCGAGCACUGAGCGGCGCCGUCGCAGGCAAUGGGCGGCACUGCGACUCUAGACGGCCCCCGUCUCAGGCGAUAGGCGACACCGAGCCGUCAAGCACCUCUCGCCACGGCAGCCGGCGCCCUCUAUUUUGGGAGUACAGAUGCGGCUGGCAGCCGGAAAUUUAUCUCGCAGAGGGGUUAGUGAUAUGACUGUGUGUCAGCCGCGUGCAUGGUAUGACCUGUGGACGCUUUGACGACCUCUAUAUGCGUGGGGGGUCGCUUUUUACAUCUCCAGCGGUGUAUGAGAUUCAUGUAUCAGUAAUUUACCCAAUAUUGCGGUCAAUACGUUAUGAAUGGUAAUUUUUGAAGUGUAUUGAAUCUAUGCGAGUUAAUCAAAUGUUUAUGGCAAUAUGGGGAA